UGUGCGUCGCAUAUGGAAGUAUGGGUGUCACCAGGCUGCGGCGCAUACGCGGAACGCACUUCGCCGUCGUGCCACACAGGUCACCGGGAAUAAACAGUCAAUAAAAUAUGUGAGAAUCCCAGGAACAGAUCUCGGCGGUCCCCCGCUCCUCGCUCACCCUCCAUAUUCGGUGAUACAUCAUCCUAGUCGUCCAUCUUGGAUGCCUUUCCAACUCAUUUGACUCGAUGUUCAAGACCCGUGAUCCCCGCAGAAGACGUUGCGCUUGUGUGGUGUUAAAACUGUUCCGGCGGACUUUCUUACCGCCCUCUUCUUCUCCUCGACUUCUCCUCUUCCAGUCCAUAAAUACUAACCCUAAUCCGUCGCAUCCUUUCUUUACUAGACGCCAUUUCGACGAGAGAGGUAACGAGCAAUGGAUCUCUCGACGGCGAUGUGGACGGCGGUGGUAGUCGGAGCUGCCGCCGUUUACUGGUUCGUGUGGAUGAUGGGCGCUGCGGAAGUGAAGGGCAAGCGGGCGGUGAACCUCAAGAUGGGAUCGAUCGCAAAGGACAAAGUUCAGGACAAGUACAAGCAGUACUGGUCCUUCUUCCUCCGCUCCAAGGAGGACAUUGUCGCCGCCUCCGACGACGACAAGGUGCCGGCCUUCGUCGACACCUUCUAUAACCUCGUCACCGACAUCUACGAGUGGGGAUGGGGCCAGUCCUUCCACUUUUCCCCUUCCCUCCCGGGCCUAUCCCACCGGGAAGCCACCCGCAAGCACGAGGAGCGCGCAGCUGACCUCAUCGCAGCUCGACCCGGCCAACGGAUCGUCGAUGUGGGAUGCGGCGUCGGCGGCCCGAUGCGCGCCAUUGCCUCCCACUCCGGCGCCCACGUCGUCGGCAUCACGAUCAACGAGUACCAGGUCGGCCGCGCCAGUGCGCACAACCGCAAGGCUGACCUCGAUGGACUCUGCGAGGUCGUCUGCGGCAACUUCCUCGAGAUGCCCUUCCCCGACGCAUCCUUCGACGGCGCCUACUCCAUCGAGGCCACCUGCCACGCCCCCUGCCUGGAGGACGUUUACCGCGAGAUCUUCCGCGUGCUCAAACCAGGCGCCCUGUACGUGUCCUACGAAUGGGUCACCACCGGGCUGUACCGGCCGGACGAUCCGCGCCACGUCGAGACCAUCCGCGGGAUCGAGCGCGGCGACGCCCUCCCAGGACUCCGCGCUCAGAACGAGGUGGCGGCGAUCGCGCGCCAGGCAGGCUUCGAGGUGGUGGAGGAGCGCGACCUGGCGCUGCCCCCGGCGGAGCCAUGGUGGACGCGUCUCCAGAUGGGUCGCUUCGCCUACUGGCGCAACCACCUGCUGGUCUCCGUCCUCGCCGCCUUGCGCAUCGCCCCGAAAGGCGUCGUCGACGUCCACGAAAUGCUUUACGAGACGGCGCGCCAUCUUAGCGAUGGCGGCGAAACCGGCAUCUUCACUCCGAUGCACAUGAUCCUCUGCAGGAAACCCCUCCUAAUCAAUCAGUAAUCCCUCCAUCGAACAAGCUCACUACGCAGAUUCCAGAAGCAAGAAACAAAGGAUAGCGAUCAUUGCUUUGGCUUAUUAAUUUCAAGUGUGUGUUUUUUAUCUUCAAAUUCAGGUCUUCGGUCAUUUUCCUACCUAUCUAUCUUCAUUAUUUAGAUGAUCUUUGGAUCGCGUUCGCUAUUUAAUGCCAGAUUUUACACAAAACUGUAUCAAGUUCUCCGUGGCCACAAACAUUUUGAUUUCAAAAUCUGAUAUUCGGGGGACAUUUGUGGAAACAGGGAGACUGCUGUUCUGGUGCCAGUGCGGCAGCGAUGUCAGAGUCUCUUAGUUGUCAAUGGCGUCCAUUUGCCUUUUUGUAGUGUCCUUUAUUAAAGCCAAAAGCUACGACUGUUUGCGGUGGGGGCUUGUCGGCUUGAUGACGGUCCUUUUAAAACUAUUUAUUUAUUUAUAAUCCGCAGAGAGCUCUUGCUUUUUAAGCAGAGAUGUAGCCUGAUUUAUCUUUGUCCGUGUAGUUUAUCAUGUCAACUGUCAAUUUAGUCGAAGGAUCGUGAGGUUUAAAUUGUGUGGUAAAUGGCAGAUGCCGAACCUGUUUGCCAUCUGAAAUGUGUCUUCAAGGAGAGUUACCGGGAUCCCUCCCCACCUACUGCAAUGUAAAUAUUAUGUGAGCAAAAAAUUAUAUUUGUCUUUA